CUGAUCUACUCCAUUCCUGUUUGAUCAACUCCAAAAGCGAAUAUGUCGGGGAAAGACAGGCUACCAAUUUUUCCCUCUCGGGGAGCACAAAUGUUGAUGAAGUCCCGUCUUGCGGGAGCAACAAAAGGUCAUGGGCUGCUUAAAAAGAAGGCUGACGCUCUCCAGAUGCGUUUCCGUAUGAUUCUGGGGAAAAUCAUUGAAACAAAAACACUGAUGGGUGAAGUGAUGAAAGAGGCUGCCUUCUCGCUGGCAGAGGCGAAAUUCGCGACAGGUGAUUUCAAUCAAGUUGUUCUCCAGAAUGUCACUAAAGCGCAGAUUAAAAUCCGUUCGAAGAAGGACAAUGUCGCUGGAGUGAAUCUCCCAGUGUUCGAGUCUUAUCAGGACGGUACGGAUACUUACGAGCUAGCUGGUCUGGCCAGAGGUGGACAGCAGUUGGCGAAGCUCAAGAAGAACUACCAGAAGGGUGUGAAACUCCUGGUUGUCCUGGCCUCUCUUCAGACGAGCUUCGUCACUCUUGAUGAAGUCAUAAAAAUCACGAAUCGUCGUGUCAAUGCCAUUGAGCAUGUCAUCAUUCCCAGAAUUGAGAGGACACUCGCUUACAUAAUUUCGGAGUUGGAUGAGCUUGAGAGGGAAGAAUUUUAUCGACUCAAGAAGAUUCAGGACAAGAAGAAAGUGAUCAAGGCCAAGGCUGAAGCCCAUCGACUAGAGCUGAUCGCAGCUGGCAGAGAAGUCGACCCUGGCAGUAUGCUUGAAGAGGCGGACGACGAUUUGCUCUUUUAAUAAUGAAACUGUGUAAAUAUCUGCCGCGCACAUUUCGGUGGCAAAAUUUCACUACCAUUUGAGAGUCUCUAAUUGAGGAGGCAUAGAGCUCCCAAUGCCUCCUCCUUUACAGACUCAUUCCAAGCCUAAAUGACACAGGUCAUAAGAAAAUAAUAAGAGAAUAUAAAAUUAUUGUACAAAGUCGUUGCGAAGUACUGUUCAUCGUUUUUCUUCAACUUGGAACGAAGAAAUAUCUGUGGGGAAUCUGCAGCUCCUUCCGCUGUCAUCGAUAACUCGUUUAAUCUUGUACAUGUCGCGGAAUGUAUAUAUCAAUAAUUAAUAUUAGACUCCUAUACGUUUUAAUUUGAGAAGAAAUAUGAAAAUUGCGAUUAUAAGAGAUUGAGAGAUUGAUGAUCUUACAGAAAUAACUUUAAUUUUAAUUGUUUUCGAAUGCAAAUCCAUAUUUCUUUUUAAUAACAAAUGAACGAAAAGUAUUCUCAGAUCAUCCGAUUUGUCCGUCACUCCACAGCUUGCAAUUAUAGUGUAAGAAUGUUGAUUUUUCAGAAUCACAUGUUAUAAAAUUAAUUCACUGGCUAUCAAUAAAUGAAUGAAUAUCUGGAAUUGUUUGGAA